AAAACAUCGUGAAACUGGUGAAACUAUUCAAAUAUAAAUUUCAUUAAAUCGCCAAAAAUGCUAAGCUUAAUUAAUAGACCUCUUCAAAAUACAAACUUAAUUAGGAGUCUAUAUAAUUCUACAGCUAUUGUCAUAAGAAAUUAUACUCAAAAUAUUGAGAAUAAUGAAGAAGUGAUAGUAAAAAGUAGCCAAGAAAAAGGUGGAUUUGCAAAAGCAUUCGAGAAAUUUAGUAUGCCUGAUCAGAUUGAAAAAUUGAAGGAACCAGAUCUUCCAUUUGCAACCCUUUUUAAAAACUCCAAAUUUGUUGAACUUGGAGAUCCAGUGAAUAAAGUUGUUGUAGGCAAGAUUUUUCAUAUUGUUGAUGACGAUCUUUACAUUGAUUUUGGUUGGAAAUUUCAUUGUGUAUGCACAAGACCUAUUAAAAAUUCAUCAGCUUACGUGAGAGGUGCGAGAGUAAAGCUUCGAAUCAAAGAUUUAGAAAUAUCAUCAAGAUUUUUAGGAUCGGCAAAAGAUUUAACAUUAAUGGAAGCAGAUGGUCAGCUUUUAGGAGUUUUGUCAUCUCCAGCAACACCUCGUUCAAAACAAUAAAUUAUACGUAAAGUACUUUAGAAAUAAAUUAA